AUGUCGACUCAAUCCGAGGAUGGCCGUGAAGUCGAGCCCUCUCCUGCUGGGCGAGAUGAUCAGGGCAAUCAUUCCUCUUCUUCCGAGCAAGUUGAAUUUCCCGUCGACCCUUACUCAGUAAUUCAUCUAAUCCAAUGCCCGCGCUGUUCACAGCCGCUGCGCGUGCCUCUCCGGCUCCCGUGUGGGAACACGCUGUGUCGGUCAUGUCUGCCCCCUCUGAGCAAACGUGUGGGUGUUUCUCAUCCCUUAGAGGCAGGGCGUGAGGAAGGGUUCACUUGUCCCUGGAAGGGAAAAGGAUGCGGCAAUAUAGAUGACGGCGGGUUGCUGACGGAACAUUCCAUGAGUGAUUGCGGUGUCGACGUUGUAGUCAGCAAGGUUCUCGAUGCUUUUGAGAAAGUAUUGGGUGAUAGCGUUGGCCAUGAUAUGCCGCCGCUCCAGAUUCGAUGGACUCUAGCCAUCGAGAAUGAGAAGGAGACCGACAAUUCAAGUACGCCCCAAGUCGGAAAAGCCAUCAUCCAACAUGGCCGUUAUUUGGGCACGUACAAGCUGAUGAAAGAGGGAGGCCUCCGAUACGAUAUCAAAGACGUCGUUUACGAAGAUGUCGAGCCCUCCGGGGGCCUCUCCGAGUCCAUCAGGCACGACGAGGCAGUUCUGAAGCAGCUGAAAGAGGCCGUGAGGAACGAGCUCGAUUGCCAGGUGUGCUAUGGGCUGAUGAUAGAUCCGCUGACCUCUUCGUGCGGGCACACGUUUUGCCAAAAGUGUCUGGCUCGGGUCUUGGAUCAUUCGAGUCUCUGCCCGGUCUGUCGGAGAAAGCUGUCCAUCCCGCCAGGUCCGCCAUCUGAACCCGUGAACAGGAUCUUGGCUGGCUUGAUCGACAGCUUGUAUCCAGACGAAAUCCACGCACGGAGAGAAGCUGCGAAGAGUGAGAAUAGCCACGGGGAUAAUGAACUGCUUCCGUUGUUCGUCUGCACUCUCUCCUUCCCCUCCAUGCCGACGUUUCUACACGUCUUCGAACCCCGAUACCGUCUCAUGAUCCGUCGAGCGCUCGAUAGUGGGCGAAAAUUUGGCAUGGUCGCCUUCAAUAGAAACGGCCAACCGCAGGGGGAGCUGGGAAUGACGCAGUUUAUGCAAUAUGGCACCGUGCUCAGGAUUGACCGCAUCGAGUUCUUUCCUGACGGACGAAGCCUCCUGACUGCGAUUGGCUCGACCAGAUUCAAAGUCGUGGACUGGGGUAUUCUGGACGGUUAUCAUGUUGCCAGAACAGAGCGCAUUGACGACAUCUCUCUGGCAGAGGAGGAGAGCCUCGAAGCGCGAGAGAUGGCCGCAGCGGCGAGCAACACCCCCUCAUCAGAGGGGAAUGGGGAAUCAUCAGAGAUGCCACUCGAAGCUUUGUCUACACAGCAGCUAUUGCAGCUCUGUCUCGACUUUGUUGAGAAGCGUCGAGCCGAAGGCGCCCCUUGGCUGCGUCAACAGGCGCUCGCGGCGUACGGAGAGCCACCGACAGACCCAGCACGAUUUCCGUACUGGUUCGCCAGCGUCCUCCCCAUCGCAGAGGAAGAGAAAUACGCACUCUUGCCGACAACCAGCAUGAGAGAACGACUGAAGAUUACUGCGCGCUGGGUGAGGAAGCUCGAGAACAUGGAGUGGUAA